AUCAGCUGGCUUUUGGCAGAAUGAUAACAGUUUCCCAAAGUAAAAAUAAUUCUCAUAAAAUCGAGAAAAGUGUCGUCACAUUCGUCUGAAUUUACGUAUUUUAGCAUUCCUCAGGUUCUUACUAGACGAGCCCCUCUCGCGAGUGGUUGUUAACGUGGGUAAAAAAAUCGCAUUGGUGUGCAAAAAGUAGCACCGCCGUUGGUUAGUGCGGCGCAAAAAAUCUUCGAUCCAUUUAUUCUCUGGCUAUUGAAAUCGACGAACAAUGCCAGAGUAGUAAACAAAGGAUCGCCAGUGCCUCCCAGAUUGUGUGAACUUUAUUGAGUUUUGGCCAGAUUGAUUUCGGUGACGGAAGUGAAUCGUGCAGCUUGCGGGUGACGAAUCGUGCGUGUUUGUGAAAACUGAAUUACCACAUCGUUUGUUAUAUAACCGUAUAUAUGAGAUAAAGUAGAACGAUCUUUAGAAUCGGAGUGGUGAAUGAAUGAUUGUUGGAAUUUUGAGGCGCGUAUCUGUGAGUUGUGGCUCGUGUGUAUAAGCAGAAUGGGCUGCUACGAGCUUAGCUAAUCCACAGGUGUCAAGUCUGGAAGGAACGAUGAUAAAACUUCUACAGCAACGAAAUCAAACGACAAGAUACGGUCUCGGACUGGUAUGCUGAUCAAACGGGUGCGAACGCUUCGGACCGUGUAGAUUUUUGGCAACGAUAACGACGACGGCUGGCUGCGGUGGCGGGUGCCGGCGAUUAGGUUCUAAAUUUAUUCAAUCAAAACUUGUAGGAAGUGUCCCGCACAGGCUGUGCGAGGAAAGCAGAUACAAAGCGCUCAAAAUUCCAUCAUCAAGCGAAACGACAGCCCAGGCGAUGGCCGUUGUGAGGGCCGGACAGGACCUGAAUAAUGCCCGGGGGAGCCCCGGGGUUGUGUCUUGGCGAGAAUUCGCCUGCGGUUGGGGAGCGGCCUUCGUCAACAUCACGGUCACAUAUCCCAUCUACAAAAUGAUAUUUAGACAAAUGUUGCAUGGGGUGCAGCUGAAUCAGGCCUUCGGGCAGAUUCGUAGCGAAGGAAUUACGUAUCUGUAUCGGGGAAUCUUUCCGCCGUUGGCGCAGAAAACGAUUUCCCUGUCGUUGAUGUUCGGUGUGUACGAUGGGACGAAGCGACCGUUGGUGGAGUUCUUCGGAAUGAAUGAGUACGCGGCCAAAUCGCUUGCUGCAAUGGCAGCGGGCUCAGUGGAAGCGGUGCUGAUGCCAUUCGAACGGGUACAGACCUUACUGGCCGAUGCAAAGUAUCAUCAAAAGUAUAGGAAUACGCAUCACGCGUUUAGGUUGAUAUUCAUCGAGCAGGGCUUCAAAGAGCUAUAUCGCGGCUUAGUACCGAUCUUGUGGCGCAACGGACCCUCCAACGCCAUGUUCUUCAUCAUGCGAGAAGAAGCGGACGCUCGGCUACCAAAAAGGAGUACAAUGGUCACGCAGCGGACGCAAGAAUUUUUGUCCGGUGCCUGCAUCGGUGGUUUCAUCAGUUCCGUGUUCUACCCCAUCAACGUGCUAAAGGUGACGAUGCAGAGUCGGAUAGGCGGCCCGUACGAAAGCAUGUGGGUCGCCCUGCGCCAAGUCUACAACGAGCGAGACCGAAAGCUACGGAACGUCUACAAGGGCGUAAGUAUGAACUGCACCAGAGCCUUCUUCAGUUGGGGGAUCGUGAACAGUGCGUACGAGCAGCUGAAAAAGGUAAUCUACUGAAUCUGCGCGAAUCAGAGGAAGCAUGGGGAAUGUCGGCGACCGACGACGACGACAAUAAAAAAAAAUCCUUCGGGUCAUUUUCGGUUUCGAAAAGUCGAUUGUGAUGUAAAUAGGCGUAUGUAUAGCAGCAUGAGUUUUAGACGAGUUUUAGGAAUGAAACGAUAAAAAGUUAUUAGUUCGAUUGAAGUAGUCAAAUUGUAGUAUUUCUAGUCUAGGGCACAAUUGGAGGAUCGAUAGGAAAAUAUGGUUCUAUUUUACAUAGAUCAUAAGCAGGCCCACACUUGUAUUAUGUCGUACACGAUACACAUAAAAGGCACGUUCGAGAAUGGAAUACCUAUUCUCGCCAUAUACUUUAGUAAAGUUCGUCAUCUUUAUCUCAAAUCUCCCAUUUUGUUGGAGCUUUAAAUGUAGUUAUUCUGAUUCUCGUCUUCGUUCGUUUUUAAAAACGUUUCACUUAAUUGUUCCACCCCGAUGAAGAUCGAUGUUGCCGGUUGCAUUUAAACGUGCUUAAGUCUACAUUGUCAUCCGAAAUAAUACUAAUUUAGUCCAUCAUCCAGUAAGUUGCCCUUGGAGCAAUGUUUUCUUGUGUAAAUAGUAUGAAUCAUUUGAUAUUGUAAAUAUAAAUCUAGGCUACAAACAAUCAAUUCGAACUGUUCACAAUGAACACGAUAAUGAUGAACAUGAGGCAGUUGAGCAAAGCUGGAACGUACUCGUUGGGUGCUAAAAGUAUAAUUUUAGAGCUACCUGAAUUUCCUUGUCUAAUAGGAACAAAGCGCAAACAGCUGAUAAUAUGAUGGAUUUUUUCCGCAAAGUGACAUA